GCACGGUUCCUCUCAGCAGCGAAGCAGCAGGCAUCCUCGACGUGAGUUCGCGCGGACUGAGUCGUGGAUAUCAUCAGGUUGCUGCAACUUUGAAAAAAAAAAAAAAACUAUAAAAAAGAGUGGGAGAAACUCGAGUAAAACAUAGCGAGACUGGGCUUGGUUUCUCUGAUGCUGGGACUCUGUUAACUCUAAGUCUUCCGCGUGCCAAGUACCGGUCUCCGGCUGAUCCAAUGCUUCUUCAUCAGUAUAUGAACGGAGCCCUGGACGUCAUGCAUCCCACAGCGCUUCAGAAAGACACUACUUUUACCAAGAUCUUUGUCGGCGGGCUGCCGUACCACACAAACGAUGCCUCACUUAGAAAAUACUUUGAGGCCUUUGGGGACAUUGAUGAGGCUGUGGUGAUAACGGACCGACAGACCGGCAAAUCCCGAGGAUACGGCUUCGUGACUAUGACAGAUCGAGGAGCAGCAGAGAGGGCCUGCAAGGAUCCCAACCCCAUCAUUGAUGGCAGGAAGGCCAACGUCAACCUGGCUUACCUGGGUGCCAAGCCUCGUAGCUUACAGACCGGCAUAUCCAUCGGAGUGCAGCCCAUCCACCCAGCGCUCAUCCAGAGGCAGUAUGGGUUGGCCCAGCCUUACAUCUACCCGCAAGCAUAUGUGCAGCCCAGCCUGGUGCUGCCCACUCAGGUUUCUACUUCUGUCAGCACCAGCCCGUACCUGGACUACAGCGCAGCCUACACCCAGUACGCCCAGGCUGCCUUUGAGCAGCAGUACCCGUACGCCGCCUCCCCAGCUGGCUUCUUGGGCUACAGCUACACCGCCAGCCCCACAGCCACUGUUGGGCCUUCCACCGCCACCACAGCCCCACCUACCGUACACCCCACUCUCCCUUCUGCCACUGGCCCUGGUGCAGCGUUCCUGCAUUACGCCCCACAGCAGCACAUCCAGCCAGACCGUAUGCAGUGAGCAGGGUGAGGAGCAGAGGAAGGGGUGCAGGAGGAAGAGGAGGAGAUGGAGGUGGAGUGGUUGCAAGCCUUUGGACAGAGGAUAUUGAAAAAUGCCCUACAGGGUGAUCCUGCUGUUGCCACAAGUAGCUUUCAGGAAAAAAGGGUGGGACUAUUGCACUAUAUGAUCAGGAUGAGCUUUUGGCUCAUUGGUUAAAGGGUAAAAGUGGUGGGAGGACUAAGGUUCAGGUUGAGAAGCUGAGCAGUAUAUGUGGCUGCUUCCGAGAGCUUCCAGAAGCUGACACUUCUUCUUUUUUUUUUUUUCUUCUUCUUUUUUUUUUUUCUUUCUUUUUUUCUUUCUUUUUUUUUUUUAAUUAUUAUUAUUAUUUUUAUCCUUCUUUAUUAUUGUAUUAAUGUCCUUGUCCAUGUUUUAUUUCUAUGCUAUUAUUAUCAAUGUUUGCAUGUUUCUCUGCUCAAUCAGUGGAAGUUGUAUAUGUCCAUGGUACAUAUUGAUGUUUUGAGAGCUGUCGGGGACAUGUUAAACCCCUGUUACCUCCAGAUUUCCGUGGAUCUGGGGUGGAUAUGAAGGGCAAUGCUGCUUUAGGACACUGGGGGAACAGUCAGAGAUGAGGGUGUACGGUGGUGAUUGGGGAGCCUAUCCCGGUGCUAUACACAGUAAGGCAGAGCACUGCCCCAUGAACAAACCUCCAGCGUUCAGCACCACACAGGAGGACAACAAGAGAUUUCACCUCAAGAGGUGACAGAAAGUUUCAGUAUAAGACUGUCGGAGCUCCAUUGUCCCGAGAUGAUGUCAGGAAUACACACUUAUUUUAUUUGAAGAGGCCUUAAUUUAACAACAACAACAACAACAACUUCCUUUUUGAAACUUAAGUGCCCCUCCCACACCAGAGAACCAAGUGCAGAGAGUUCCUUGAAACUGACCUGACUGUUUCCAGCAGUCACAUUUAUCUGACUUGGGUCUUGAUAAUUUCAGAUGGAUGUAGAUAAUCACAAGCAGUAUGUGGCCAUACGGGGACCAGGAGCUUUGUAUAUCAAUGUUUAAAGGUAGCUGACACUGAGCUCAAACACCAGUGUUGUUUCUUCUUUUGUCUUUUGUCACUGAGAUUGUCAAACUGUUGCUCUCAAAAAGGACAUUCAUGUACAGCAUUUUAAUGUUGUCUGUCAUUAAGUACAUUUACAAUAUUUAUAUGUAGGUAUUUAUAAGAGGUACUAAGUUAAAAUAGCUUUUUUGUUUUGUUAUUAUGACUACAGUUAUGGCACUGAUGUCAUUUAACUUGCAGAGACACAGCUGCACCCCGUCAGUGGAUUUGUCAGCUGGCUCAUUGAUGCCCAUUCAUAUUUUCUGGAAAUGCUCUAGAUUUUUUUUUUUUUUUCUCCAUUAAGAAUGUCUUUUACAGUUCCUUCAAAGAAGCCAUACCAAAAAAUAAAAUUUGUACUUAAAAUAUG